AUGAUAAAUCAAAUACUAAAGAGUCGAUUUACUUACAAAAAUUUUGUAAAAUUUAAUUAUUACAAUCAAUUUUCACACAAUUCACGUCCACUGAAAAGAGUACAUCAAGCAGCUCUUUUCACUUUCAGUGAUGCUUCUGCCAAUACUGAAGAUGUUAUUUCAGAGUCAGAGGCAUCGCAACAUAGUAGCUUAUAUUAUGAUAAUGUGUAUCCACUUAGAAUUGGAAUAUUUGACCUUAGACAUUAUAUAGUCAGAACAAGUAAAAAAAGGCUUGAAACCAAAGUUAAAUCUGGAAAAUGGAUUCCACAAGAAACUGAAAUGCCAUUUAAUUUUAAGAUUGAGGGUGUGGAACCUAGAAAAAGAGAAGGCGGAAUGUUGGUUAAUUUUACAUUUUCGGUUGAUCCUGCACGAAAAUCCGAAGCAUUAAAUGAAAUCUAUAAGAAUGUUGAAGCUUAUAUAUCGGCUAAAAACAUUAUACCGUGGUUUAAUCUUAAACCGCUCGAAGUUUAUAUGGUUAAAGGCGAACCUUUUAUUGAAGAUUUGGCCAAUAGAUUUCCCGCAAGUCGACUUCAUGUUGAAUUUCAAGGACCAGAUGUUUCGAUCGAAACUUUGUAUCAAAUAUUUCGACCAUAUGGAUUAAUUCGUGAUAUAAUCCUACCGCAACCAUCUUCAAAAGAUGCCCCUCGAUUUGCUUUGAUACAAUUCUCCAAAAUGAGAUCUGCUACAAGCGCUAGAAAUUGUGUUCACGGUUUAAUUACAGAUGGCACGAGACUAAAUAUUGUCUAUGAUAAAACAUUGAAAUCAAAUAUGAUAUAUAGCUGGAUGAUUGCACAUCCAAGAACUUCGAUACCAUUAAUAGCAGCUGCUAUUGCUGGUAUUACUUACACAAUCUUUGAUCCGAUUCGAACCUUUUUUAUAACUUCAAAAAUCACACAACGAUUCAACCCUCAAGAAUAUCGUAUUUAUCAAUGGCUUAGACGUGAAACUAUUGACAGAUUAUUAACUUACCGUAAUAAAAAUGAAGAUAAUUCAUUAUCUUAUCUUAGUAAUUGGGUUGAAAGAGAACAAGAAGAAAUAAAAUUAAAUAUUUGGUUGAAAGAACCACCAGCUUUAAAAAAUAAAAGAAAUAAACUUUUUAUAAAGUGUGAUGAAAUUCAAAAUUCUCGUGAUGAAAGUGAACUUGUAUUAAAAUUGGCAAAACAAGUUGGUUAUUUCCCUGUAUUUAGUACAUUGGUAUCCAUGUCAAAUUUAAUUGAUGGAUUGGCAAGUGCAACGAUUGGUCAAAAGACCGGAUUUUCUUCAACGACUGAUUCUGAAAUCAAAAAGAUUCUCGAUGCAUUGGCAAUUGCUUUACAUGAUGUAGCACCUGAAAAGUUAAGGAAAAGUACUCGUUAUAAUCAAAAAAAGAAGCAUGAUUUUAUCACGACAUCAAUUGUUGAAUCUUAUGAUCCAGCCGAUAUUCCAAUUGUUGUGAUUGAUGAUUAUAUGAUUAAAGAUAAGGAAAAUCAUGAACUUUGGGAUCAUUUGGCUAAAUUAGCUGCAAUCCUUGUAGAAAAUAGAGUUGCUCAUGUGGUUUUCGUUGGUUCAAACGUUGGUAUUGUAAAGCAUUUAAAUAAAGCACUUCCAAACAAAACAUUUAAUUUUGUUAAUCUUUCUGAUGCGCCAUAUGAACGAGCCAUUAGUUUGGUAAAGAGUCACGUACCUGAUAAAGAAGAUAAAGGACUUGAUGGGGCUGUAAAUGCACUUGGUGGCCGUUUAACUGAUUUGAAAUUAUUUAUUAAUAAAAUAAGUAGUGGUCAAAGUUCUCAAGAUGCCAAAACUAUUCCUUGGAGUGGUAUACAAUUUUGGAAAAUAGUGAAAGAUUUGGCUAAAGGAGAACCUGUACCAUAUGAUAAAAUUAAAUAUUCAUCAAUAUUUAAAGGUGAUGAUACCUCAAUAAGGGCUAUGGAACAAGCCGAAUUGAUUUCAGUUUCACAAUUAGAUGGACGACCUGAUUUUAUAAGAUUAGGAAAGCCACUUUAUCAAGUAGCUUUUCAACAAAUCAUAUCCGACAAAUUAUUUGCAGCAACAAUGGAACUUCAAACAUAUAAAUAUCUUUUUGAAUUUGAAACAGAUAAAAUUAAAAAAUAUGAACAAGAGCUUGAAAGUUUGGGACAAUUAUUUGUUAAACAAGAAGGAAAAUGGUUGUUUGGUAGUGGUCGCGUUCCUGCUAUUGUUGAUCAACGAGUUAAAUUUCUAUUGGAAUUGGUACAAAAAAGUCAUGUUCGUACUGUUGAUUAUGAAAAAAAUAUUGAAGAAUUGAAAAAAUUUAUUGCUUCUGGUGGAACUUCGUAA